AUGAGAAAAAACAGUUCUGUGACUGAGUUUGUCAUACUGGGAUUCUCUAAUCACCCAGACACGAGUUCCAUUUAUUUUGUGUUAUUUCUGUGCAUUUACAUCAUCACAGUGCUGGGCAACAUCCUCAUCAUUAUCAUCAUCAAUGUUGAUCCGUCCCUUCACACCCCCAUGUAUUUCUUUCUCAGGAACUUGUCCUUCCUGGAGAUCUGCUACACCUCAGUCACCCUGCCCAAGGUACUGUCCAACCUCCUCUCAGAGAAUAAAACCAUCUCCCUUGCUGGUUGUGCAGUACAGAUGUAUUUCUUUCUAUUCUUUGGCGUUACUGAAUGCUGCCUCCUUGCAUCUAUGGCGUAUGACCGCUGCAUUGCUAUAUGCAAACCGCUGCAAUACAUGACCAUCAUGAAUAAGAGGGUUUGCAUUCAGCUGAUAGGUGGCUCGUGUAUCUGUGGCACCCUCGUGGCUGUGGGGCACACAACCUUCACCUUCACACUUCCUUUCUGUGGGUCCAAUGUGAUCAACCACUUCUUCUGUGAGAUCCAGCCAGUGCUGAAGCUGGUGUGCGGGGACACCUACUGGAUUAAGUUCCAGAUCUCUGUGGGUGCUGCCUUUGUCCUCAUGAUGCCUUUCAUGCUGAUCCUGGUGUCCUACAUCUGUAUCAUCUCCACUAUCCUGAAAAUGCAGUCCGCCGAAGGCAGGCGCAGAGCCUUCUCCACCUGCUUCUCACACCUCAUUGUGGUGACGUUGUUCUACGGGACAGCACUUAUCAUGUACGUGCGCCCCAACUCCAGCUUCUCUCCAGAUGUGAACAAGUUACUCUCUCUGCUCUACUCAGUGGUGACUCCGAUCUUGAACCCCAUUAUCUACAGCCUCAGGAACAAGGAGGUGAAAGAUGCCUUGAGGAAAUCAGGGAUGAAGGUAUUUCAUCCACAAAAAAUAGGUAUAUUUUUCUCCAGNUUCCCAAAUAUUUCUCCUCCCAAAAGUUAA